CACGAAUCUAGGCGGAUGCUCUAAAGUCUAAACGACCAUACUCCGCCGUGCUUCUCAACCGGAAAGAAAUCCACCUCCGCCGGGAAAAGAAGAAUGCCCGGUCCGGGCCCGCAUAUGAUCUACACGCUCGGAUCUGGGCAGGCCCUGACAAGCAUAUCCAACGGCCGGUUCAGUCCGCACCACUGUCUCACCUACUGCAUCAAUUCCUUCUUCGGGCCGGACAUCGGGUCCUUCUGCGAGUGGUUAUCGUCCACACUCGGUCUGGGCGGGUAUUUGGGCUCAUCCAUUGAGCCAUGGAUCCACGACCCAUUCUACUAUAUCCUCAUUUUGGGUUUCCCGCUUUCCCUGCUCUACAGCAGAGCCUCCAAGUUUUUGCUCCGCAAAGGGUUUCUUGAUUCCGUUUCUGGGGUGCCUCUUACAAUGAAACAAUGCUUUUUGUUAGUGGCUGCGGGUUCUAUAUCACAUUUUUUCUUGGAUCAUUUGUUUGAGGAAAAUGGGCAUUCUUCCAUGUAUACUUGGAUACUGAGCACAGGUUGGUGGGACGGCCGAGCUCCCAUUAACCCGGAUGCUGUUGUAAUACUUAGCCUUUUGUGCAUAUUCUUGAUUGGCGGCUUCAUGUACAUUAACAGGUAGGCCUUUUUUGCUGACAAUUCAAACGUCAAACACACCUAUUUGUUUAUACACCUUGGUUCUUUCGACAUUGGUGUCCAAUGUCAUAAUAUGACAUUGGGCCCAUUUGAGGCCCCUACAAAGCUCUCACCCUUCAAAUCCCAACCCUCUUCUUUGUGCAACAAUCCACUUUCACCCAAAUGAAGGGGGACCUGGGGGAAACCGUUUAGGAUCGAACAGAGUUUGUAGGGAUUUCAAAUAGACUAGUGUUAUAUUAUGACAUUGGACAUCAAUGCCAAAAGAACUGGUUGUUAACUUUGUCCUUUUAUUUUUUUCCGGUUCAUGGUUGCAUGGUAUGGUGCAGAGUGAACACUCAAAAACAGCUCAAGAAACAGCACUAUCGGUGUGUUAUACUGAUCCUGCUAGUCUCAAUCUUGUACUGCAUAUGGUGUGGUAGCCAAAUAUACGUGGUGAGCCCUCGUCGACCACCGGUUGGGGAAGAAGCCGAUUUAGGGGUUCUCGUGUUUCUUGGCAUGUAUCUUUUCCUUCCCCAGUGGCUCUGCAUUCUCUCCAUGAACCCAAGGGAUUUGCAGACAUCAGAAAUGCUGCCACUCUGAGGAGGGUACGAAUGACAGUGACAAUUCAACCAAAGCUUCUAAUGUGGAAUGUGUACUUACAGAUAUUACGAUGGUUUUGUUUUUAUUAUGAUCUAGUCACGAAAUGAUUUCCGAAGGAAAAUGCUAGAGUCACAAAUAUAUAGUUCACAAACUU